GGCGUGGCCUCAAGGAUAACACUCCAAAGUUUGCGCUGCGGUUUUAUUGACAGAUCAGAGAAAGAACAAGUCACCGAAAGGUUCGGCGGAGAAUAUCAGCGCAAUGUCAAGUCCAAAGAAAGUUUGCAUCGUCGGCUCUGGGAACUGGGGUUCUGCUAUUGCGAAGAUAGUUGGCUCAAAUGCAAAGAAUAACCCAAAGUUUGACUCUACGGUUAACAUGUGGGUGUUUGAAGAGACAGUAAAUGGACGCAAACUCACAGAGAUCAUUAACACAGACCAUGAGAACGUCAAGUACUUGCCUGGACACAAGCUUCCGGAGAAUGUCGUGGCCGUGCCAGAUCUGGUUGAAGCUGCCAAGAGUGCCGACAUUCUGCUAUUUGUGAUUCCACACCAGUUUAUCGGUCGCGUUUGUGACACCAUGAAGGGCAAAAUCAAACAGGAUGCGCUUGGAAUGUCACUUAUCAAGGGGGUAGAUGAAGGACCUGAUGGACUGAAGCUUAUCUCUGAAGUUAUUCAUGAGAAGCUCGGCAUCAAGAUGAGUGUGCUGAUGGGAGCAAAUAUUGCCAAUGAGGUGGCAGACGAGAAAUUCUGUGAGACCACCAUUGGCUGCAGGGAUCAAAUUCAGGGGGCGUUGCUUAAAGAACUCAUGCAGACAAAUCAAUUCCGGGUCACAGUUGUACAGGAAGCAGAUGUGGUGGAGAUUUGUGGCGCUCUGAAGAAUAUAGUGGCAGUAGGAGCAGGUUUCUGUGAUGGACUAGGGUUUGGUGACAAUACCAAGGCUGCGGUGAUCAGAUUGGGUCUGAUGGAGAUGAUUAGCUUUGCUCGUUUGUUCUGCACCACUGGCUCCGUCUCCCCUGCAACCUUCCUGGAGAGCUGCGGCGUCGCUGACCUCAUUACAACAUGCUACGGAGGUCGCAAUCGCAAAGUCGCAGAAGCCUUCGCCAAGACUGGCAAGUCUCUUGAGGAGCUUGAAAAGGAAAUGUUGAAUGGUCAGAAACUGCAGGGUCCAGCCACAGCCGCUGAGGUCCACACCAUACUUAAAAACAAAGGCCUACCUGACAAGUUUCCUCUGUUUAAUGCAGUGUACGAGAUCUGUUUUGAGGGUCAGCCUGUUGCUGGGUUCAUCCGCUGCUUGCAGAACCAUCCGGAACAUCAGUGAAAGAAGAGCAGGGUUAGAGUAACAAGUGUGUGUGUGAGUGUUGCAAAAAUGCAGUAUUUGUAUGUGGGAAAAGCAUAACUAUGCUGAUCGACCAGCUAGACCAACACCAAACCAGCAUUUAAACCAACCUGAACCAGCAUGGAAAUUCAGCUGGGCUAUGUCUUUUCAGCAGGGUGUUUGUGUGUGUGUGUGUGUGUGUGUGUGUGUGUGUGUGUUACAAUGAGAAUCAGGGCUGGGCCUGUCCUACAGGCGGGCCGCCUUGGGGGGUCCCACGAACACAUGCAAAGUAAAUGAACAAGUCAUAAGAUUAACAUUUAUGACUUUUAUUUUUAAAUUCUCUGCAGUCUAAUGGUUUCUAUCACGCACAAACACACACAGGACAACGUGCAACAUGCGUGGACCUGAUCAUUUAACACACAAAUCACAAUGACGGUAAAAACUAAAAACCAACAUAUUAUGUAUAAAAUGAGCUCUGAAUAAUCACAAAAAGACAAAUAACUGAAAUUUACAACAAAUAAAAUAACAGCAGUGUAUCUAAAAUCGGCAAGAAGCUAAGCAGUACACACUAAUCUGAAUAAGUUAUUCAUAACGCAGAGCACUACUGGGAACUGAGCACGACAUUAUUAUUAGACACAGAUCGCACCUUGCUAAAUAAUGUGCACGCCUGACAUAAACGCAGGAAAUAAGUUAUGAAAAAUAUUGCUUUGUGGCUAUUUGAGUCUUUGAGGCUUAUUUUGUGUAAAGGAUAGACGAAACAGCACUUGACAAAUCAUUAGGGCUUUUCACGUUUUCUCAAGAAUAAUCUGCUGGGGAAGGAAUUAAAGCACUGCAGGUAUAAAGAUGCAGAAACUCAAAUAGAGUGAACAUAUGAGCAAUUAAUCUGGAAAAUAACCAAACCAUCCUAUCUACAAAGAUCUCUGCUCUCUAAGAGGUAUGUGUUUAUUCUUUACAUUUGUUAACAAAUAUAUAUUUCGAGGUGUUGUGUUUAUAGGCCUUAUUUAAAAUAUGUCAUUUUAUUUAUACAUAAUACUGUUACCCAGUAAUUAUCAUACUUGCAGCUUCCAUGACUCAUACUAUAUUAAUUGAGACACUGGUUUAUUUGUACUUCUAGAAAAAAGUUGAAAGGUGAUCAAAAUAAGGCAAUAAAAUGGUGACUUGUCACAGCACCUAAAAUACACGCAUUCCCUUAUUCAUGCAUGUACAUUUUAUCCAAACAUCUUCAUGUUAUUGGACACAUUAUUACCGAGCUAUACAGUAUAGUGCUUCUUUUUUAGUGCUUUCUAUUUGAAAAAUCUGCUCAUCACGUUUGCAGUGGUUCUAUGAUGUUUUAGAAUUAUGACAAUUUUCACACCGGGGGGCCCAUUUUCAUGAUUUCGCCUAGGGUCCCACAAACCCACGGGCCAGCUCUGUUGAGAAUGAUCAAUUCUGUGAGGUUAUGUCAUUGGUUCUCAGUUUAAAUGUUGUAUGCAACAGUUUAUUUACACUUUAUUCUGUUGAAAAUGUUUAACAUCAAACUGAUUAUUCAUCACUAUGUUCCUCAGUCCCCUUAAGCUGUUACCAUCCAUGCAGAGAGUGGAAAAGUCCUCAGAAUAAUGUUCUCAACAUGUACUGUGAAAUAUAUCAUUGUAUUUGUAAGCUCCAUUUGUCAAUUUUUUAAUUAAAUGCAUUUUGAGGGUUGUACAGCA